UUUUAAGCUAAGUAAAGAAAGAUUUAAAGAAUUAAGUAAGAAGAGUUGAAUUUUUAGUAGUGCACAACAACAAAGAACACAAUUUUUAAAAGUGUUAUUUUGUGUAAAUAAGUAAAUAUAUCAAUGUAGGCUAGUAACUAACUGUAUCAGUGCUAGCCUGUAACUAGUGCUAUCUAUUUAUUUGCAACAUUUUACUUUAGUAGAAGUGGUCUAGUGCUCAUAGAAGAUUAAAGAGACUAUUUCAGAAUUGUUUAUAGAGAACAGCAAAAACAAUAUGGAGGGUUACUAUAAUUCUAAUCAAAACAAUUCCUCCAUGGCCCAAAACUACAGGUACCGUCAAAAUCAUCAAUAUCAAAUGCCUUCCAAACCCAACACGAGACAGCCACAAGGUGGAGGAUUUUCUGCUAAUACUUUCAGGCCUUCAUACAAUCAGGCUCCUUCCAAUCCAACAAAUUAUUCAAGCAGGCAACAAGCCCAAACUUUUGACUACCCAAAACAAUAUAAUGAUGAAAAGCCACCACCUUCUUAUGAAGAGUCGCAAAGAGAUAAGUUACUUAGAAGAUCAAAUGCCAGCAAUCCUUAUGAAAUGAAUUUGGCUGCACAGUCAAGUUCGAAUAGAAUUACAAGUUUGUUUGAUAUCCCUGAUCAGGCAAAGGAGUUUGGACGACCUCCAGAAUGGCCGAGAGGUGACACUAACUUCUCAAACAGCUAUCAGCAAGGUCAUCAAGAGAGAAUGAACCCGAGCACUGACUUCUCUCAGCAACCCUCACUGGCAUUUUCUUCUGGUGAGAGAGGAGGAUCAACCUACAAUUCUUCAACAAGAAAUCAAAGAGGUUUCAACCAAUCAAAUCCAAAUUGGAAACAAGAAAGUGGUGAGUCCAGUAGACAUGAAAAUUCGUUUCAAAGAGAAAGAUCAAAGCAAAAUCAGGGUGAUUUCAACAACUGGGAAGGAAAACCAACAGCUUGGCAAAUGGAUGAGUGUGGUGAAAGCCAUUUCGAAAAAACAAAUCAAUUAACAUCAUCUUCAAGGCAUGAAGACAGCGACAAUGAUAACAGCGAAUAUGUAAACUAUAACAACCCAUUCCAAGGGAGUGACAAUGAAGGAAAUGAUAACACUCAUGGCAGUUUUGGAGAUUUAAAACUUCCUAAUAAAGUCAAUUUGUUUCUCCCCGAUCCAUCUCUGGUCUCAAAAUUUGAGUACUAUCCCCCCAGUCCUGAAGAAAUGGGUGAGAUGUUCAAAGACCUGGUUAUACACUUUUUUUUCAAAGCUUCUAAGAACAAGAACAAGAAAGAAAAUCCGUUUGUUGUAAUUUGUGAAGCAUUUAGAAGAUCAACAAGCUAUGCUAACAUAGAUAUUGAAGAUGGAUAUGAUAUGCAAUAUAAGAAUAGAAAGUUCUGCACAAUGAGGUAUCAUAGGAUGAUGCUGGUGCGGGGUGUUGGCGAGAACAAUAAUCUCAAAGAGCCUCGAAUAGCAGGGGCUGUAGAACUGAUCAACCAACUUGCCAUGUCCUGCUAUACUCUCGAGUCCAAACCUUCAUACUUCAGUGAUCAAGCUCUUGAGAGAAUGAUUAAAGUUGGAAGUGUUAUUGGACUAUACACCAUAGUUCCAACGAGGCAAAUUCAUAAUUUUGAAGCAGCUUGCAAGUAUUUUGAAGAUAUUCAAUCCUCCUGGGAGGAGUCAGACGUUGAGUACUUAUUUCAAAUGAAGGACGCCCAACGGUUAAAAAGUUUGGCAACUAGAACUGGAAAGUUUGACGCUCGUAUGAUCAAGGGUGACCAAUGGGUGGGCGUCUGUCGUCACCGAACCCCACAAUAUUGGAGAGACAAGAUGUUGGCCAGCGGUACCAUGGAGAAUGAAAGGUUUAUUUUGAAACCUCCCCAAGGAAUUGGGAACCUACUGAUAGAGAACUUGAACAUCACAGAUUAUAUUCAUAAUCUUAGAACUCUACCUAAUCCUUCAAGAGGUGCUCUACAAAACAGGUAUGGGCCUGAUGGAUUUGGCCCAAACAUUAGCAAGGCGGUUGCCCCGUGGGAAAGAAGAUUUGGUCCUGGAAAAAACUUCCGAAAGAAGGAGAAGCUAAUAGCUAAGCAGUUGAGAACAGGAGUCGCUAUCAGUAACACGAAAGGAUUCAAAUUCUUGAGUAAAAAACAGAAACAGAAAUUGAAGAAGAGGUUUGGUAACUGAAACAGUCAAGAUUUUAACUUACUUUUGUUAUCCAAGUGUGAUUCUUAUUUGAUGUAUUUGAAGUAAAUACUCACCAUCAAGAUAGAAAGUACUAUUCUAAUUGUUUGGUCAAUGAUUUCUUACUAGUAUUAUUAAUCGUAAUAUAUUAUGAGUUUGUUCA